UCAGAGAUGGUGCGGUCCAACGGGCAACCGCUUCCUCUUCCAGCUCGACUCUUUCGCCCAGAUCUUUUCCGCCGCGAAUCGGAGAGCGAGAGAAGGACGGAGAGAACGAAGGACCGCCGGGGGAAGCGCGCGCAGCCUCCGCCUCCCGCGGGCCCCCAAGAUGUCGGUGGCGUUUGCAGCGCCCAGGCAGCGGGGCAAGGGCGAGAUAACGCCGGCUGCCAUCCAGAAGAUGUUGGAUGAAAACAACCAUCUUAUUCAGUGUAUAAUGGAUUACCAGAAUAAAGGCAAAACAUCAGAAUGCUCUCAGUAUCAGCAGUUAUUGCAUACAAACUUGGUCUACCUAGCCACCAUAGCAGAUUCUAAUCAAAAUAUGCAGUCUAUACUACCACCACCACCCACACAGAAUAUGCCAAUGGGUCCAGGAGGGAUGAGUCAGAGUGGCCCUCCCCCACCUCCACGUACUCACAAUAUGGGUUCAGAUGGUAUGGUAGGUGGGGGCCCUCCUGCACCACACAUGCAGAACCAGAUGAACGGCCAGAUGCCUGGACCCAACCACAUGCCCAUGCAGGGACCUGGACCGAAUCAGCUCAACAUGACAAAUAGUUCCAUGAACAUGCCUUCAAGUAGUCAUGGGUCCAUGGGAGGUUAUAACCAUUCAGUGCCAUCUUCUCAAAGCAUGCCUGGACAGAACCAAAUGACGAUGAGCCAAGGGCAGCCUAUGGGCAACUACGGUCCCAGACCAAACAUAAGCAUGCAACCAAAUCAAGGUCCAAUGAUGCACCAGCAGCCUCCUUCUCAACAAUACAACAUGCCUCAGGGAGGUGGGCAACAUUAUCAGGGACAGCAGCCACCAAUGGGAAUGAUUGGCCAAGUUAACCAAGGAAACCAUAUAAUGGGACAGAGGCAAAUUCCUCCAUACAGGCCGCCACAGCAAGGCCCACCACAGCAGUACUCAGGCCAGGAAGACUAUUAUGGGGACCAAUACAGUCAUGGUGGACAAGGUCCUCCAGAAGGCAUGAACCAGCAAUAUUACCCCGAUGGUCAUAGUGAUUACGGUUAUCAGCAACCGUCGUAUCCUGAACAAGGCUACGAUAGGCCUUAUGAGGAUUCCUCCCAACAUUACUACGAAGGAGGAAAUUCACAAUAUGCUCAACAGCAAGAUGCAUAUCAAGCACCGCCUCAGCAGCAAGGAUACCAACAGCAGCAGUACCCAGGUCAGCAAGGUUAUCCUGGACAGCAGCAAGGUUAUGGUCCUUCACAAAGUGCUCCAGGUCCUCAGUAUUCUAACUAUCCCCAAGGGCAAGGCCAGCAGUAUGGAGGAUAUAGGCCUACACAGCCUGGGCCCCCACAGCCACCACAACAGAGGCCUUAUGGAUAUGACCAGGGGCAGUAUGGAAACUACCAGCAAUGAAAAACAUAUUUCCAGAACAAUAAAAAGUACCUGUUAGCAGCCGUAUUGUCUCCUCAGCACUGUGGACAUCUCUUUUUGAUGAGAUUCUUCCAUUCCAUCUAGUUUUGGAUAUACAAAACAAAAAACAACCACCCCAUAUUGUUGAUAAAUGGCUGUUUUACAGUAUAUUGCCUGUCUGGACUAGUUGUAAACAAAAGUGAUUGUCUCUUUCAAAAAUUUCACAUCUGUACUGUAGAUGGCAAUAUUGGACAGAAAAUUCGCUUUCAGACAAUUUUGCAAUGAGCUUAGAACUGUACAUCAAACAAACUGUUACAGACUGAAAUGUGUGAACAGCACUGUAUGUUUAUGAAGGUUAGGGGAAUUUAAUAUUUUUCCACAGAUUCUUUUGUAAGGGGAAGGGGAAAAUUUUUACAGCAGCAAUAUUUUGUAUAUUAUGUUUUUCAUAUGGAAUAUGCAAGGCAGUACACUACGCACUGGGCAAGGUCAGAAACCUAUCUAGAUGGGAAAUAUAGAUUGGAAUAUGAAGAAUUCUUGAUUAACCAAUGGUUUCAAAAUGUUGUACAAGAAGCAGAGGUGCCCAGCAUAUAUCCCUGACAGCUCCUAGAUGCAAACUUCUAAAUCCUAGUUAUUUAAAUAAUGAGAUGAUCAUGGACAAUGACACAUUAGUAUAAAGAAUUAAUUUUGAAAUAUUUUGCGUGAAGCUAUUUUGUAAAAAUGGUUUCUAGCACUGACUGGUUUUCUCUCUUUGUAACAGGAAAAUGUUUGGAUUGGAUUUGUCUUGUAAUCGUUUCGCAUAAAUCAAGCUGUAAUGUUUUUUCCCGAUUACAGUAACAAGAAAUUUGAAAAGUGUUCAUUUAACCUGGCUUGAAUAUACAAAGUAUUUAAAAACAAAUAUAGAUAGGUUGACAUGUAUUUUAUUUCAUAAAUGUAUUUAACUUUUAGUAGGAUAAUUUGUAUGUAACAGAAAUAGCAUAGAAGCUUUUGUAAAACUCGUAUCUAAACUUUCUCAACUGAUAGUUAAUAUCCUUAACAAAAGGAGGCAUUUGUUGUUUAUGUCCAUGUCUGUACUGGUUAAUAUGAGACCAAGAGCAAGUUUUAGUGAGGGUUUUUUUAAAAAUGCCAAACUCUAUUGUGAAUUGCAGUAAUGCUUACAAUGUUGCAUGUGAGGUAGCCACCACCUGGAUGAACAGCAUAGCCAUAGAGAGCACACACUGUUUGAGACUGUCUCCUGCUGUUGUUUCAGGUGCACUUCUAAAAUACUGUGCGGCACAAGAACACAUGCAUUCCAAUAAUCUUGGCAGACAUUUAAAAGAAUAUAACUAAAUUCAGUCCAGGAGUUAAAUAUGUUUAUUAUAUGUUGAUAUAUUUCAACAGGGAAAUGGCAUUUAUAAUAAGCUGUAUCUAAAUAAUAAUAAUGAAAAGAAGCAGUCCUCCAUAAUUUUAAAUGGAGAACAAACUUCUUUUUUUAUGAUGGUUGCAGAUUAAAAUCAAGUUUUGAACUGAAUAUGCAAGGAACAUUGGUAUGAAUUAAAUGCUUCUAGGUUUUGUGCCAACUUUCAACCACUGUGUACUUCAUUGCUAUUUAAAACUGUACUCCAACACUUACAGAAGAAUAAAUUAUUUGUGAUUUUAA